UCAGGGAGUGAAGGUGACUGGACCUAGUGAAAGGCCGAGGCUUUCCCAUUGUUUCUGGCUGGGAAAAAGGCGGUGCUUUCCUGACGCUUCUCUGCGGGAGAGGCGCCUCUCGAUCCUGCCGCUUGGCGUCUUCGUCCCAGCCAGCACGUCCGCUCACCGUCUUGGAGUAUCCCACUGCGUGGUAUCCGAACUCUUUAAGUCUCCCUACCAACCUAGAGACCCUCCUGAUCCAGUCGCAUCAGUGUUCCACUUAACUUCCUUUGUGCAUGACCUCUCCUUAACAGCUGAUAGUUUUUAUCAACCUCAACUAGUAAUUGAAAGGAAAAGGAUGCCUUUCUGAAAUUAAGUGUGUUUGGAAGGGAAGUGGGUAAUUUUUUGGAAUUCUCCUGGAUCUCGUUAUCCACGAAAAAAUUUUCUUCGGAUGGGGAACAGCACGUCAUCUUUGGGGGAGUCAGCAAAUACACCUGUGAAAGAGAUCCAGGAAAUAAUUUCUAAUAAUUGUGUGGUGAUUUUCUCAAAAACAUCUUGUUUUUACUGUACAACGGCAAAAAAGAUUUUCCACGACAUGAAUGUUAAUUAUAAAGUGGUGGAAUUGGACAUGCUUGAAUAUGGGAGCCAGUUUCAAGAUGCUCUUUAUAAAAUGACUGGUGAAAGAACUGUUCCAAGAAUAUUUGUCAAUGGAAUUUUUAUUGGAGGUGCAAUUGACACUUACAAGCUUCACGAAGAAGGAAAACUGCUUCCACUCGUUCGUCAGUGUUACUUAAAAAAAAGUAAGAGGAAAGAAUUUCAGUGACUUAGGUGCUAUAAUUAGCAAAUGUAACUAAAGUGAGGACACCAAUAAUGUCUUUUAAAUGAUGUUGAUUUAAAUAUGUGAAUUAUCUUCAUGAUGAUUAAAAAUAAUAAUAAAUUGCUAUGGAAACCUCA